CACAACUAACAAUCUUUGCUUAUACAGAUAAAUCAUGUGAAGAUCUUGCUUGGUAGGUAAAAACUGAAAAUAAAUAACUUUAAUCCUUUUAAACGACAUCGUUCGGAACAUACAGCAGUAUAGCACAGAAGCUGCAUAACCAAAGAUUCCUCUUCUGGAGAAGCCCAGAAACAUUAUCCCCUGUCAAUGUCAUGUUCUUGAUAUCCCCUGCUCUAGAAGUAUCAUGUAUAUUCCUCAUAUCAGCAUAUAUAAGCAUACUCCCACAGUCUAUUCCAUGUACAAGAAUUUUCUUCUAACUGAUAAACAGAAAAUCAAACAAGAAAAUGGCUCAAUGUCUUUCAAACAUGAUCACUUCUCACCCAGUUUUAUGCCAGAAAAACAUAACUUCCAAAACCAAAUGGCCCUUCUCCUCAAAUGGUCUAAAAAUAGGCCAUUUUGCUGGUAUCAAAGCAAGUGUCCAUAAAGACAGCCUUGAUCAUUUGCAAAAAGCCAACAACUAUAAACCCCAACAAAAACAGCAACAAUUCAAGAAAAGAACUCCCCAAGUAACACCCAUUGGUUUGUGGGAUAGGUUUCCAACAGCAAGAACAGUGCAGCAAAUGAUGGACACAAUGGACAGAAUAAUAGACGACCCUUUGGCCUACAGUGGAAAUAGCGGCGCAUGGCCUUCCCAGCUGAGAAGUGAGAGUGGGAGAUACACCAGAGGAAGAACACCAUGGGAGAUCAAAGAAAGAGAAGGAGACUAUAAGAUCAGGUUUGACAUGCCUGGUAUGGCUAAACAGGAUGUUAAAGUAUGGAUUGAAGAGAAAAUGCUGGUAGUUGAAGCUGAAAAAAAGAUCGAGACUAAUGAAGAAGAAAAAGGCAGUGAUAAACAAGAAGGAUGGCCUGCUGAGAGUUUCGGAAAAUACAGCUUUAGAAUUGUGUUGCCUGAGAACAUUCAGUAUGAAAAUAUUAGAGCUGAAGUGAAAGAUGGUGUGUUGUAUAUAAACAUACCAAAAGCUAGUGUUUCUUCCAGGAUUUUGGAUAUCAAUGUGGAAUGAGAGUUUAUUCUUCUGAUAAUGCUGCUAUGAUUCUGGUUCUUGAAUAUUUUUUUCAAUUGUUAUGCGAUUUGAUAUUUUUUGAUGCUGAAAUUUCAAAAAACAUUUA